UCAGGACGGGCCGCGGAUCAUGACCGAUAUCGUCGUCCAACAACGCCUGUGAAUUUGUUGUGACAGAGAUUUUCUUAUGUAUGGAGAUUAUUUAGGGGAGAACUAUUUUUUAAAGUAUGGAUUCAUCGCCUUCCUUGGAAACUGUCUAUCAGGCUGUGUAUUCCCUUUACAACAACCCAAACUCAGCCGAGAAGGAAAAGGCCUCGGUAUGGCUGGGGGAGCUACAGAGUUCCGUGUUCGCAUGGAAAGUAGCGGAUGAAAUGUUACAGCAAAAACGAGAUGUAGAAUCUUGUUACUUUGCUGCGCAGACCAUGCGUACAAAGAUACAAUUGUCAUUUCACGAACUGCCUGCAGAGGCUCACAAUUCAUUGAGAGACUCUUUGAUGGAUCACAUAUCCCAAAUAAACGAGCACACCAGCAACGUCAUCGUUACACAGCUGUGCUUAGCACUCGCAGAUCUCACUCUGCAAAUGUGCUCAUGGCAAAAGCCAGUCGUUGAUCUAAUUAACAGGUUUGGCGGAGCCACAGCUAGCUUAUGGCCACUCUUAGAAGUCAUGACAGUUUUACCAGAAGAAGUCAACUCCAGAUCUCUCAAAUUAGGCGCUAACCGGCGUCAGCAUAUCAUCAUGGACCUUAAUGCUAGUGCCGAUACGGUUACAGAGUUCUUGAAAGUUUGCUUAGAAAACGGUGGUGACAAUGCACAAAUUCAGGUCAGGAUCCUUCGAUGCUUUACCAGCUGGGUAGCAGUUCAUGCGAUAUCCCUUCAAGCUGUCGGUAGCAGCGAUGUUGUGGCAUACGCUUUCCAGGUACUCGGUAACCACAUGACAGGAUCACAGCUACAUGAAGUAGCCACAGAUUGCGUCUGUGUUUUACUGCAGUCAUUGAAAGACGCAGGUUGCUUGAAUCAUAGCCAAAGUAACGGUGAAAUAGAAAUGCAACUGCAGCAGCUUCAACUGUGUGUCUUCACUAGCGUGAUGAAUCUUGAGCAGCCUUAUCACUUAUCCGUUGCCCAUGAAGAUAUGGAGAAAUCCAUGAAUUACUGUCGUAUCUUCACGGAACUUGCUGAGUCUUUUUUAGACACAAUGGUUAGCGGUUGCCUAGGAGGCAAGCAACAUUAUUCAGUGAAGAUACUCGAUCUUGUGCUCACCUGUGUGGGGCAUCACGACUACGAGGUCGCAGAGAUCACUUUCAACUUGUGGUACAGACUGUCAGAAGAUCUUUAUCAACGAAAUAGUGAUGAUCUUAACACCACUUUUAGACCCCACUUUGAACGACUUGUUGGAGCAUUAUGCAGGCAUUGCCAAAUGGAACCGGACCACUUGGGCCUUGUCGAGGAAGGCGGUGGCGGUGAGGACUUUGCCGAUUUCCGAGGCCGUGUAUCUGAACUGAUCAAGGAUGUAGUAUUUGUUGUGGGCAGCUGUCACUGUUUUCGUCAAAUGUUCACAGCCUUAACAGGUGCUGUCGGGCCGCAGGGCCAACAGCAAACUCCAACUUGGGACUCGAGUGAGGCAGCACUUUUUGUAAUGCAAGCUGUUGCCAAGAAUAUUAUACCAGAAGAAAAUGACGUGGUGCCAAAAGUGGUUGAGGCAAUUUUGAAUCUACCUGAAAAUACGCACAUAGCUGUACGACACACUAGUAUUUUGUUAUUAGGAGAACUUUGUGAGUGGAUAGAGAGGCACCCCCAGUCCUUGGAGCCGGUGUUGAACUUCCUUUUGGCAUGCCUUAGCCAAAGAGGUUUGGGAGGUGCUGCCUCUGGGGCAUUGCAAAGCAUUUGUGCCGCUUGUCCUAAGCACAUGGCUGGACAUUUUCCAGGGCUUCUACAGAUUGCACGAUCUCUAGACAGUUUUGCGAUCACUAACGAUGCUGCAAUUGGGUUGCUAAAAGGUGUUUCUAUGAUCCUGGCAACAUUACCACGCGAUGAAAUUGGCCCGGCAAUGAAAGAGCUGUGUUGGAUUCAGGCUCGACCAUUGUGUCAUCUCAUAGAAUCGCGGGGAAUUCCUAUUGAGAGAGGAACAAAAGCAGACCCAGUUGUAUGGUUGGAUAGAUUAGCAGCUAUCUUUAGGCAUACGAAUCCUCGCAUCGAUAACCCAGCCGAACCUCAUCCCUGUCAAAGUGUCAUCACCGAGAUGUGGCCUGUACUAUCAAACGCCUGUCAUACGUAUCAGCAAGAUGCCAGACUGAUGGAAAGGUGCUGCCGUUGCCUCAGAUUUGCUGUAAGAUGUGUUGGCAGGCAUUCGUCUCACCUUCUAGAGCCUCUUGUCAAACAGAUCGUAGAACUGUACAGUAGUCAUCAGCAUAGUUGUUUCCUCUACCUUGGUUCAAUUCUUGUUGACGAGUAUGCGACUGAUGCGGAUUGUGUAUCUGGGCUACUGCGUAUGCUUGAAGCUUUUGUUGGUCCUGCCUUUGCAAUCCUCCAGCGACCUGAUGGAUUGAAAAAUCAUCCAGACACUGUGGACGACUUGUUUCGCCUGUGUGCUAGGUUUCUGCAGAGAGCUCCGGUAGCUUUUCUACACCUUGCAGCUCUCGGAAAUGUAGUUGAAUGUGCUCUGUUAGCCUGCAGUCUCGAUCAUAGGGACGCCAACGCUUCUGUGAUGAAGUUUUUCUACGACUUACUAUAUAGCGGUAGGAAUCACGAGAACCGACCUGAUUUUGAGAUACGGAAACAACUGGUGCGAGGAAUAGUUAAUGAAAAGGGACAGACUUUGGUAGCUCGACUUAUCCAUGCCUCCGUCUUUUCUCUACACUCGUACAUGCUGUCCGACGUUGCCGAGGUCAUCAUUGAGCUUGCCCUUGUUGACAGAGAGUUGGUUUCAAGGUGGCUGGAGGAAGCAAUAAAGGCAAUGCCAACUCAAAAUGCUGGUGGAAGUCCAACAACAACACCUGCUCAGCUUUUGGAAUUUCACAACGCAGUAAUGAGGGCAGACACUCCAAAAGCGGUUGCACAUGCUCUACGAAACUUUGCCCGGCUAUUUCGUUGAUAUGGAGAGAUGGAGAAAGAACGUUAAUUCCACAAUACAGUGGAUAAUGCAAGUCUGGUAAAACACUCUCCGUCUUGUUAAAUGUCCGGGAUUAACUGAUUUGAUACUGACAUUGACAAUUAAUACACCAGAGAAACAACAAGACAGCGUUAUAUCUAGCUAAUAAAAAUCUUUUAGUGUCAGAUGCCAAUUUACCACGCGCCAAUUGAAAAAGAGAGUAUUUGUAUAGGUACAGAUAUACAUUAUAAGCAAACACAUUAGUUUUUUUUUGUGGUUCUAGAAAGGUUAAACUUCAAGUUACUGGAUACUGCCAUCAUUUGUUUGGAAAACCUUAUGUCACAACUGAAUUUCACGGCUUUGGAAGUAUUUCAGUGGGUACUUUUAUUUUACAGUCAAAAUCGGAUGUUGAAGAAAAUUACCAUGGCUAUACAUACACUGUCGAUAAUUGAUUCAUCAACAAGUAUUGGCCGUAGUUAGAUAUUGAUAAAUAAGGUAUAACAUAGUAAUGUACUAUAAUAUGCUUAUCAGUGUGUAACUGCUGGUGGUAUGACUUAGACUUAAAAACCUCAAAGUCUGAGGAUUUUUUACGCUACCUAUUACAGUUUAGGUAUAAUGCGUCUAGUCAAAAACAAGAAGUAAGGAUUCGUGUCUACAUGUGUGAAUUGAAUGAUCCAUACAAAUGCAUUUUUAAAUUGAUGCGUGGCAAAUUUUAAGGGGUAAAUCCGAAAUAAGUGUCACUCUGAGAGACAGCCGCCAAUUUUCGAUCAACGUUUUUCUAAACGGCUAGAAUUAAAUAUACGUACAAUACCUACAUCAAUUUUGUUUAUCGGCAUUGAGACAGCUGUGACUACAUUUUUAGCGGAAUUAUCUCCUCACAAACACGUGGCACAUUUUCUUAAUCACGUUUGAAAAUUGACGUUCUGAAAUCUGAUCGGUAAUACACAUUAUAUGUUUUCUGACAUGAGUUCUGGAAGAUAUUUAUCUGCCGCAUCCGCUUUUCUGGCAUUACUUCAUUGAAAUCAGUAGUAGUUGUAAAACUAUAAAAUACGCUGAUAACAUAAAAAUGUGCAUUAAGCUCGCAAAGGGAAUCGAAAAUUUAUAAAUAUAUUGGUAAAGGGCCUGGAAUUGAUGAGAUGAUUUUUAUCUCUCUCUUUUCGUUUUAUUGAUGAAUGGCGCCAAAUUGUGUAUGUCCAGGUCAUCUGCCAUUGAAAUGAAUAUAGAUUUAUGUACGUGAGAAAAUAUUGUGUACAAAUGUAAGAGUAUCUAGAAAUAAUUCUAUUACGCGAGCUCAGGUUUGUUGAAUCUAUGUAAAUAACACGUUUUACCAUUUUAUCAAGCCUAUAACCAAGCAUAUACGACCAAGAUAUGGCUUUUCAUUUUCGCAUUCUGAUUUUAAUUUCAUCAAAUAUUACUUUGCAUGUUUUUAAAAGCAUCCAAUAACUCGCUUUCGCGCACACUUCGAUGUUAAUGAUAUAUUCAAUUUUGUCUGUUUCUGAUAGCAGUUCCUGCUCGUUUUUCGUCAUGUUGAACCAACGCAAAGGAUUUUUUUUCUUUUGUUUCUCAUCAUUUUAUUUUCUUGCAUUUUGAUGUAGCAAUAUUUUUGUUGGUGCUAGUGGUACAGAGUAACAUCCCACGCACAGAAUGCGGACUUUUCAUACAAGAAAUUUUGUCGAACUGUGUACAUGAUUUCAAAAUUUUUGUUUUUACGCAGUACACAGGGCAAAUUACACCUUGAAAUUUAUCGUAUUUAACAUAUCUAUAACGAAAGUAUUUUUCAUCUCCUGCAACUUACUACAUCUAUCUAUGUAGUAAUGAUGUGAUUCGACGUACAAACCUAUAUGAUUAUACAUAUAAACAUGUUUAUGUACCGACAUUGCCAUCUCUGACCUGAAGGAAAUUCAUAGUUAUUAUGGCAAAAAUCACCGUGAUAUAAUUGAUAGUAAUUAAUGAAUAUCUUCCAGAAACUAUAGACAUUUGGUUUUGCAAUUCUAUCUAUACGAUAUACAAACUCCACUGUGUUUGUGGUAAUGUGGCAUCAAUACUGCGUAUACAUAUGUGUAAUUUAUGAUAAAUUAGACGAAGGUGCGCGUGAGGUUUUUUUUCUAUGCGCAAAUGUGAUGUAGAAAUCGAAAGAAUAGAGAGUAUGUGUGUUUGUGAAUGUUUGGAUGCGAAUAUUAGAGAUGCGAUUAUGAAACAUGACUCGUGUCACAGACGUAUAUUACAUUUAAGGUAUACUAUUAGAUAGUUUUAAGAAAUCUAUUCUAGUAACUAAUAUUGUUGACAAAAUUGUGUAAAAUUUUGAGCCCGUUUUUAACAUUCAUAAAAUCAUUUGAUAAUUGACUAUGUGAUCAAUUUUACAAAAUUUAACGAAACGUCUAUCGUUAUACGACUAUAUAGUCACACAUUGUCAUUUUUCUUUUACUUUUUUUUUUUUCUCCAUGUUUUCAUAUAAUUAUCAUUAUUUUUUCGCAACUCGUAACUCUGUCCCGCGACGAAGAGUGCUUGACACCAAAGAUUAUCUAACUUCCACAAUCCUACCUAUCGUCGCACCUACUUUCACAAUGGCAUACAAUUACAAUUCUCAGUUUCGGCCAUUCAAUCAUUUCGUGGAUUUUAUCAUAACUCUGAAAGCCCAUGCAAUCUUUCUUCCCACCUACUUAUGACAUUUGUUUUUUGCUUUGGUCUGCCGAGGAAGUGAAAAGACGUUUGAUGAGCUUUUAUAUUUUUCUUUGUAAUAUCUGAAUGGCUUACUUGAAGGAGUUGAGCGUACGCAAAAAAUGAUACUGUUCAUAGUUCUUACUGUUGAAGCAAUUAAGCCACAGAAAUUUAGAAAGUACAGGUAGGACCAUGUUUGUAAUUAUCCACAAAUUGAUGAAACUAAUGUCACUCGUCGUUGCACAUAUAAUUGCUUCCAAACCUCUGAGCGUCUCUACACGAAAUUUGACCUCUGAACAAAAAUAUAAGCACUUGAAACUCGUGGGUAUAAUAACGGCUUGGAAAGAAAAAUUUGUUGCAAUUGUAAGAUUAUUGUCAUUAAAUUAAUUUACGCUGAAAGCAUUGGUCUCGACGGAUCACGCCUUGGCAGCCAUGCUGCGAGCUGCUGCUAAUAGUAUUUUGUCAUUUUGUUUUGUAACAACAAAAAAAAAAAGGAAAGAAAGAAA